AUGUUGCCCUGUAGUACAGACAAAGUAAGCCGACCUUACUAUGUAGUGACGGCGCAAAGAACGGUUGUGCAUCGCUGUUUUGUGGAUUAUGAUAUUGUACCCACAAAUUGGAUAAUUCCGGACAAGGAGUAUACAAACACCGCAAAUAUUUUUAACCACAGUGAAGAUUCGUGCGGACCAGUUGCCGUCCGCCGAAACAUGGUUGCCGAAUUCAUCUUGAGUCAGCAGCAGCAGUUGCUCGGAGGUCCGGGCGGUGGAGGUUUAGGACCUGUGCCACCGCAGUCGCGUGGCCAGCCAAUGCCACCAAGAGGUCGCCUCUCCGUCUCUCCUCAUUUCCCCAUGGAUCAGGGCCCCGCAUCUCAAGGCAGCCCUGAUGAUCCAAAUGACUACAAUAGCUUCGAUUUUAACAAGCGCAAGGAAUUCUUCGGUCAGCGUAAGCAACGGGAAUUUAUUCCUGAUAACAAGAAGGACGAUGGCUACUGGGAUCGCCGGCGGAGGAAUAACGAGGCUGCCAAACGUUCCCGUGAAAAACGUCGUUUCAAUGACAUGGUAUUGGAGCAGCGCGUCGUCGAACUAUCCAAGGAGAACCACGUGCUCAAAGCACAGUUGGAUGCUAUAAAGGAAAAAUAUGGCAUAUGCGGCGAGACACUCAUUAGCAUAGACCAAGUAUUGGCGACUUUGCCAACAUGCGAUCAAGUCCUUUGUGUAACAAAGAGAAGUAAACUGUCUCCGGGUGCUCUAUUCCCUCCAGCGCCUCCACCACCCCCGGCGCAACCUGCAUCUCCGCCGUCACCACCACCGCAGCGUGCUCCUGAACCUUACCAGGAGAGGCUGCCGGCACCUGAGGCGUACUACCCUCAUCCAGCACACUAUGAGCCUCCAGGCUCCGUUCUCAAUUUGUCCAGAUCUCGCCGCGUCCCAUCUCCCUAUGAGCUUUCGUCUCUAUCAGGCUCAGGGGACGAGACCACCGAGCCGUACGCACCAGAGAGUACGCACAAUGGGCUCCCUCUGAAACUUCGUCAUAAGUCUCACCUCGGCGACAAGGAUGUCGCUAGUGCCCUGCUUUCCCUCCAGCACAUAAAACAGGAACCUGGACCCCGGUCCUCUCCCUCCUGGGACGGUGAAGGCUCCAGUGAUGAGCGCGAUUCUGGCAUCUCCAUUGGUGCAGAGUUCAGGCCCGCGCGGCCCGAAGACAGACUAGGGGAGGAAGAGGAUGCGCAUCUGAAGGCAGAACUUGCGCGGCUUGCAACUGAGGUAGCCACGCUCAAGAACAUGAUGCAUCAGAACAAGGCGCGUGCGCACGAGCACUGA